CUAUGCGAAUGGCUGAUACUUCGCAGCAAAAGUGGACACGUAUGGUAUGUAUACAUGAGUAGUAGAUUUUUGAGGACACAAUUGGCAUUAGCUUAAAAAUAAGUGAAGCAUGAAGUAUCAAGCUUUGUCAGUGGUUGUGUCUAUCUUCGCCGUCGCAAUUUGUGUGGGCGGCGACAACGAGCUUGUCCCUCCUCGGCGGGAAGUGUACGAUGAUGGUCGAAUAUUCGAUAUCAGUCACAGGUACCAACCGGAGAUGCCAGAGUGUGUGUCUCAGUCGAAGGAUGGCAUCGGGCAGUUCCUAUGGCUUCCGAAAAGCAUGAAAAACGGUUCUCUCGCUAACCAAUCCGGCAUGAAGAUGCCAGCUCACACAGGCACCCAUGUUGAUGCCCCUGGUCAUGUCUUCGACCAUUACUUCGAUGCUGGCUUCGAUGUUGACUCCCUUGACUUACAUGUCCUCAAUGGUCCUGCUCUCUUAGUCGAUGUUCCAAGAGAUACUAACAUAACUGCUGAAGUUAUGAAGUCAUUAAGCAUUCCAAGGGGUGUCAAACGUGUACUCUUCCGAACAUUAAAUACUGACAGGCGGCUUAUGUUCCAGAAGGAAUGUGACACGAGCUUUGUGGGAUUCACGGUGGGUGGAGCAAAAUGGCUAGUGGAGAACACUGAUAUCAAACUUGUGGGAAUUGACUACCUAUCUGUUGCUUCUUUUGAUCACUUGAUGCCAUCUCAUCUUGUAUUUUUAGAAAACAGGGAAAUCAUUAUUGUGGAAGCCCUGAAGCUUGAUGAUGUCCCAGCAGGAGUAUAUUCAGUCCAUUGCUUACCUCCUAGGUUGGCUGGUGCUGAGGGAUCGCCAAUACGAUGCAUUCUGAUUAAGGAUUAAGGUGUAUUUGAGUUUGAGGAAACAGUGCUGUGUCGAAUGCUUGUAUUGGAGGUGUGGAUCACCAGUGGUGUAUGUAUGUUUAGAGCAAGAAGGAUGCAGCAAUCUUUAUAGCAUUACGUUGAAUAAAUUGGCACAGUGGUCUCCUUGCGGAGCAAGAUAGUAUCAAUGUUGUGCAGCAACUUUAGUGACAUGUUUACAUUUAUUAGGAACAUGUAUAAGCACUUUCAUAAGCAUUUUGAUAAAGAAAAAAAAUGCUUGUAUAUAGGUCAUUUGCACAUCGCAGUUAGAUUGAAGUAUGUGGAUACUGUGUCUCUCUUAUAUGUGUAUUUAUUUCCCCCCUUUUUGGACGGGAAUGUGCA